UCGACCAGCUGUACACAUGUCGUCUUGUCCGAACUCUGGUCGUUUAUUCCGUACAGCUGAUGGCUCCUGUAACAACAUCCAACGACCCUCAUGGGGACAAUCAUUGGAGCGAUUUAAACGUUAUGUGGAUGCAGAGUAUGCUGAUGGAAUUGGGGCCCCAAGAAUUUAUUCCAGUUCUGGACGUUGUAAAUGGCCUAGGCGUCGAAGAUGUCUAUUACCUAGUGCUAGAACAGUCAGUAUCAAAGUUCACACGCCAGUUACCCACAUGUCACAACACUCGGUGAUGCUCAUGCAAUGGGGACAAUUUCUGGACCAUGAUUUAACUGCAUCAGCCAUUCAACAACCCGAAGAAAAUGCUUCACCGUGCUGUGAUAAUAGAAGGGCUAAAAAAGGAAAACUUCACCGACACUCCUUUAAAAAAAAUAAAAGAUGCUUUCCAAUACCUAUCGUUCAAAAACCUGCUGAUCGUUUUUUUAAGUCUAAAUGUUUAGACUUUAUCCGAUCUCGCUCAAUUAACCCCAGAAUAAACCGUAGGAAUCCACGAGAACAACAGAAUCUAUUGACACCUUUUGUGGAUGGUUCCAAUGUUUAUGGCAGUGACCAGGAAACACAAGAUCGUCUACGAUUACCUAACGGUCGUAUGAAGACAUCGAAAGGUGAUUUAUUACCAAAAGGUAGAAAUGGAGACUGUAUCAGAAAGAAUGCACCAUUCUGUUUCGAUGCUGGUGACGAAAGGGUACAUGUGUAUCCCGGAUUAACAGUUUUACACACAGCUUUCGUCCGAUACCAUAAUUAUAUUGUUGAUGAUUUAAAACAACACAAUACAGGGUGGGAUGGGGACAGAUUGUUCCAGGAAACCAGAAAAAUCAUCAGUGCCCUUCUACAGAGAAUCACCUACACGGAAUUUUUACCUGAAGUUUUAUCCGAUGCCACCAUGAAUCACUACAAUCUAAAGGAGGGAAACGACAACUACCAGUACAACAUCAACGUUAAUCCAAGUAUCGCAAACGUUUUUGCCGCGGCAGCGUUUAGAUAUGGACACUCUAAAAUUCCCGAUGCUCUAGUUAUAGACGAUAAGGUAGUUCCAACUCGAAAACUCUUCAAUGAUCCACAGUUUAUUUUCACCAGUUUGAAGUCAGUUGUUGAAAAUAUU